GAGGCGGGGCCGCGCCGACCAAAACAACGGCACGCCCCGACAGCCCUUGCGCCCGCGCCCUGCCGCCAUCGCUGCCGCCCGGCGCGGCCCGUUCGAGGCGUGAGGCAGGCGCCCGGACCCGCCGCCAUGAAGCUUCGCGUGCGGGUGCAGAAGCGGACGGCGCCGCUGGAGGUGGAGGGGGCGGAGCCAACGCUGGGGGAGCUGCGCGCGCAGCUGCGUCGGGCCCUGCUGCCCGCCUGGGGGUACAGUUCUGACACUGAGUUUUCAAUAACAUUGAACAGAAAAGAUGCUCUCACAGAAGAUCAGAAGACCUUAGCUUCAUACGGGAUUGUUUCUGGUGAUUUGAUAUGCUUAUUACUAGAAGAAGCAGAUGGACAACCCAGCCUACCUCCUUCUACUCCUCCCCCACUUCAGAAUGGUCAUGAGCCAUCCACCUCGAUCCCCACCAAAUGUCAAGCAAAGAGUUCCAAAGAGGAAGGGCAGAAUGAGCAGUCUGACAACCAGAAACGUCAGGUGGAAGCUCAGAAGAGUGAGGAGAGGGCAGGAUCCAGCCUAGAAUUUCCUUCUGGAUUAGUCCCAGAAGAUGUUGAAGUGGAAGAUGAUACAGGUUCCUAUCCCUCCGAACCUAUGCUGUGCAGUGAAGCUGCUGAUGGUGAAAUACCACAUUCCUUAGAGAUGCUCUACCUUUCUGCUGAGUGUACCAGUGCCACUGAUGCCUUGAUCGUUCUAGUACAUCUUCUCAUGAUGGAGACAGGCUAUGUACCUCAGGGGACAGAAGCCAAGGCAGUGUCUAUGCCAGAGAAAUGGAGAGGGAAUGGUGUUUAUAAGCUGCAGUACACACAUCCUCUCUGCGAAGAAGGUUCUGCUGGUUUGACUUGUGUGCCUUUGGGAGACCUGGUUGCUAUUAAUGCAACGUUAAAAAUCAACAAGGAGAUUAAAGGUGUAAAGAAAAUACAGCUAUUGCCAGCAUCCUUUGUUUGCUUUCAGGAGCCAGAAAAGGUUGCAGGUAUUUAUAAAGACCUUCCGAAAUUAUCCCGUCUCUUUAAGGACCAGCUGGUUUACUCUCUGCUGGCUGCUGCCCGACAAGCUCUGAACUUGCCAGACGUGUUUGGGUUAGUGGUUCUCCCUCUUGAGCUCAAGCUUCGGAUUUUCAGGCUUCUGGAUGUGCGAUCACUCCUCUCUCUGUCUGCUGUUUGCCGUGACCUUUACACAGCUUCAAAUGACCAGCUGCUGUGGAGGUUUAUGUAUCUGCGGGAUUUCCGAGAUCCUAUUUCAAGGCCUCGUGACACAGACUGGAAAGAGCUGUACAAGAAAAAGUUGAAACAGAAGAAGGAGGCCCUGAGAUGGAGGCACAUGCUGUUUCUGCCCCCUACACCUCAUCCAAUCCCCUUUCAUCCCAACCCUUUCUAUCCUAAUCCCUUUCCUCCUAACCCAUUCCCAUCAAAUCCCAUCUACCCCCCAAUGAUCAUUGGUGGAGAGUAUGAUGAGAGACCAACACUUCCGUAUGUCGGAGAUCCAAUUAACUCACUCAUUCCUGGCCCAGGAGAAGCACCAGGCCAGUUUCCUCCAUUCAGACCACCUUUUGACCCAAUUGGUUCCUUGCCUGGAGCAAACCCUACCCUUCCAGGACGAGCUGGUCCUAGUGACAGGUUUUCACCUAGACCCACCCGAGGCCGCCCCAUGGACAUUCGUCGUGCGUUCAUUUGAUUGUUGGGUUUUACUUCACUGAUUUUGGUUGUUUUUCCAGUCCCUGAGCUUGCUUUCUAACUGCAGGAGGUAGCAAAUCCCAGGCACUAACGUCUGCCUUCUCUUCAGAUUGUGGCAAGAACGUGUGUGCGUGGUAAUGUCUCCACCAUAAAGGUUGGCCUUGUGUUAUACUCUAGUAGUACUGUCCCACCUGGCACUAAGGUCUGUUUCAGGAAGAGCUACAACUUAGAACAGUUUGCUCUCUUUCCCCUUGCCCUUAAUCAUCUGUGAAGUGCUACUUAGAGACCAGAAGGAUAUCAGCCAAAUGUUUGCUGCAUCAGAUAAAGAGCACUUCAAAUACAAACCCUGUACUUGUCUGUCUUAUUUGAAGAGUUUUAUUGAGUUGCCAGGAAAAAGAAAAUGUUUAAAGUCUACCUGGCUAGUAGUCUUUAUGAACAAAAAAAUCUAUCCUGUCCACAUAGAACAGGAAACUACCACUGUUACGGCACAUGUGUGUUCAUGGAAGUUUUCAAAGGUGGCAUUUCAUUUUUCCUUCAAUGUUUUUAUUAGGUAAAAAGCAUUUUUGUAUUGUUACUUAAUACACAAAGAGUCCAGGGGAGGGAUUUUCUUUACAAUGGAAAUAUUGGAACACAAAUCAAUUAGUCUAAACAAACAACUGAAUAAAGUCAUGCUACAGUGCAACUCAGACGCUUGAACAGAAGCAGAGCAAUUUUACAAAGAACCAGCAACAAAACUUUUGUCUUUCUCCUUGGCUUUACAAAUAAGGAGCUGUAGUACCUGGCUGCAUUUACUGUGUGUGAACUAAAACUGGUGCAAAAAUAAAUCUUUCCUCCUGCCUAACUUAAGAAAUUACAUAGGUUGACCUGGUUGUGGUAGAAAUGGGAUCACAGCAGGUGAAGCAGAAUGAAUUCUCAACUUUACUGCAGUAGAUUCCAUUUAAUUCCAUUACUUGGAUAUCAAAAUUUAUCUUGCCAAGAGGAAGUGUGUCAUAGCGUGUUACGAGCACCUUUCAAGUGUUGUGUUACUAAUGAACAACUAACAAGACCACUGUUAAAGUCUCCUGAUGAGAUCUGCAGGCUGAUACUGGAGCUGAAUUAAAGGAAGACUGGAAUAACUAAAAUUUGCUAGAACUUUUGAUUUCUUACCUGUUUUUUUAAGAUGGAUUGAUCUUGGUGUUUCUAUAAAUGUAAAUGGUACUGAUGACUGUUGUGACAGCUGAUAGUAUUUUCUAAAAUGUUUUUGAAAUUCCAGCAGUGGAAAUGGAAUGACAUUUCCUGCGAUAUACAAGCUGUUUAAUCAGUAGUACUUAUGUGCUUUUCAGGUGGUAUUUUGGUGAUUCAUCUUCUUGUUUUGUAUAAAAUCAGCUGACUUCAGUAGGGUCAGGAUGUUUCACCAUUAACUUCAGUGGAAGUAAAAUAUAAUACUUUAUUUUACUGUCAGAA